CGUUCAGAUAGGUAGACGGCAUCGACGAGUUUGAGUUCCAAGUUGCUACUUCUGACAUCACGGUAGUCAAAGAUAUGUACCAUUUGUUGACUUACGGCAUAAAGUUAACAAACUGCAACUGUUGGGAGCGGUGCUAUUGUUGCUCAAAACCAACUCACUUGCCUCAUACCUGUUACAAACACGGAUCGCCCACUUAGCUGAAUCGACUCGCCAAAAAAAAACUUUUUUUCCCACUCUGGGUAUUGUACAAGAGAGGGAAAGAUAAAAAGGGGAGAAGAAAGAACCUGGGGACACAAAUCCCCUGUAACCCCGACUCUGUAAGCCUAUACACUUUUAAUAUAAGCAUGGACGGUAGGCCCGUGUAUUGUUGUUUGCCCUAAGAAAGAGAACAGUGGAUGCCACGGCGUGGCCGGAGGCAAGAUUUGUAAUUAUGCCGGUUCUCGCGAGACCCGCGCAGUGCGUGAUGCCCGCCAGCACUUUCUGAUCGCCAACGGCCCCUGAAUUCUCCACUCCUCACCAUCAUUCGGCGCGGUUCAUGAGCCUCAUACAUAUUUUGCACCAAAAUCGCUGCGUUUUACUUGCGAGAGAGACGUGCGACGUUGUGAUUCUCCUCCAAAAACGACCAAAAACCCGAUUCACCAAUGACCUCAGUGUGUGACUCGCGGGGACACAGCCCACUUCGACCUACUACAGAAUUUACAGAUUCAAAGAUGUCGAAUGGAAAAACUUCAACUGACUUUUCAUCACCCUAUGCUAUGGAAAUUGGUGAUCAGAAGAUAUCUACGUCAUUCAUGUCGGGGGUCAAGCGUAAGAUGUCAUCAUCGCUCUCACCAUCACCAGUGACCACGCCCAGAGCCAACUCCGUGACACCACCACCCACAUCGACAGGCAUCACCACCCCUUCUACCACCCAACACCAAUCCUCCUCACAAACUCAACACAGCGGUGUACCUCGAGUGGCCCCCAAUACGCGAUACACCGCUCCCGUCCACAUUGAUGUGGGAGGUCAGAUUUACACAAGCACGCUGGAGACGCUGACCAAGUUCCCCGAGUCGCGGCUGAGCAAGCUCUUCACUGGCCACAUACCCAUCAUCUUGGACUCUCUGAAGCAACAUUACUUCAUCGAUAGGGAUGGACAUCUCUUUCGUUACAUCCUAAAUUACAUGCGAACAGCCAGACUGCUUCUUCCUGGUGACUUUACCGAAAUGGAGGCCCUGUACGAGGAAGCACGUUACUACAACCUCACACCCAUGAUGGAAGCUCUGGAGCAGAUGAAGUCUUCUGAAGAAUCUUCAAAGACCACUCAAGAGAAGCGGGAGAAGACACCCGCCAUUAAGUUGGAGAGUGGUUGUACCGGUAACGAGUGUGUAAUCGUUCAUACCUCACCGGACUGCGUCGAGCGUAUCUCCCUCAGCGGUGACAAGAACAUCAUCUACGAGCUGUUUCCAGAGGUAGGAAGCAUCAUCUGUAACUCAAGCCCAACGGCAGCGGGUUGGGCACAGGAUUCGAACUAUGUCAUCAGGUUUCCAUUGAAUGGUUUCUGUAAGAUGAACACGGUACAGGUCCUGCAGCGCCUGCUUCAGAACAAUUUCGGUGUGAUCGCCUCCAGUGGAGGUGGUAUUGAGGGGUCGCAGUUCAGUGAGUACGUCCUCUCCAGAAAAUAUGGACAACUUACGUAACUUUACCUCACCCACUCUCCAACGCUUACUGUCUGAUAAAUCCUGAUCUUGGGAGAGUAAGGAAUUGACGGCGAAAAAAACACACUUUGAAUAUAUCGCUUUAUAAUCAAAUACUAAUGGAUAUAGUAUGUGUCCAUCAAGCUGCUACGAUAUUGUGUCACCAAAUCGCAUAGCACCUGCUUGGCUUUGUCAAGCAGGACAGAACCAUGAGACGCCCUCUAUAGAACCUGUUGGAAUUUAUUUCCGGGAAUUUGACCUAAACCAAAGCCCUGUUUCAUAAUACUUGUUUUAUCAAUAACACAUGUUCGGAUUAUUUGACAAACCUGCUCUUAACCAAUCAAUGCAUCAAUUUCAGUAGCUUAUAACCGUUAUUGCUCUUUCACGGUUAUUGAUAACUAUACUCUUAUGAAACAUGGCCAAGGAAUUGGUAUGAAAAGUUCUUUUACUUAACCACUUACGUUGUUUUAUUUGUGUCCUUAUAGGCACUUUUAUCGACUGAUUUUAGCUAACUGAAUAUGUUUAAAUCUCUCGGAAGACAUUACUCUUUGAUAAUCAUGUGAAAACUGAAAGCAGAACGGUAUUUCUUACAUGGCUAAUGAAAAACCGGUAAGCAGAACCUCGUAUUUUGUGUGAUUGGCAUUUCAUUGAAUUUCUGUUUUGUUGAUUUACGUCUAAAGGCUUCAAUAUUUGGUGCGUAGAUUACAUCUCAGCUUAUUGUGUUCUAAUCGAUAUAAUAUCAUAGUUUAGCCUAUUAUUACAAUGAUUGGAUAUAAUUAUUUAAGAGUAAGACUAUUAAGAUCAAUGCGUCUCACUCUUUAAUGGUGUACUGACCUUGGUUGUUUACUGUUGCGUAAUGUCACAUGCUUAAUGCUUGAAGUGUAUUACACUAGAAAUCAAAAUUCAUUGGUCUGCCAUUAUGGAUCAUACAUCUGUACAUUUAUUAUGAGUCAUACUUUAGUUUGUGUUCAUGUUGAAGUAUAUGUUCAGAUUAUAUCAUAUACCGUCUUCAUGUGUUAUUCAUUUAUAAGAUUUUCAUUAACAUAUCAUGAUAAUUGACUGAUUUCAUUACAAAUUUAUAUUUGUUUUGUUAUUGUUUGAAUGUGGACAAUACGCGAGUCAGAUCGAUCAAAAUUUGAGUAGGAAUUAAUGGUACUAAGACAUUAUGAUUGCUUUUUAAAUAAAAAAGAAACGUAUAUAUUAAAAAUGGAAAGUAAAAAAAAGUGACAUGCACACAUUUAUAAUAUAGUAUCAAAAUGCAUGUAUGAAUAAUCAGUAUAGCGAUCUCUUAGUAGCAGAGUGCUUACGAUCAGAAUUUACUAGCCAGUUUGUUACUAGAUUUACGUUAUAUUUACAGAAUUCAGUUAUUGCCGUUUCGGUAAACUUCAAGAUUAUAUGUGUUACAUAGAUGUGUUUUUAUUCAUCCUGUCAUAAUUCAUAAACGAAUUCAUUACUUCUGUUACAAUUAUGAACACGUGAACCUCUAGUCAGACGAGGCCUUUUCUCGAUUUUAAAAUGUAUGACAAGUAAUCACUUUUUGUUACACAUCCCCCUUCUCUUUUCAAAGUUAUACGACCAUUUCGAGUUGGUCCUUAACAAAUCUUUACCCUCAUUAGCAAGAAAACAAAUACCAGGCCUAAUAAUUUGUGAACUGUGCGUUUGUGCGUGGGCGUUAUUUGAAGCUUAAACUGCAUUGUACUCCUUUUUCGCGCUUCUGAUAAAUCAACAACUUCUUGAAGAAACAAAGCCUUGACGAAGAGAGUCGGAUUUAAGUUGAGGAGCUAUCUCCAGGGAGUGUGUCUUUGUUUUGAAGGGACUGAUAACCCUGGGGGUGCAGACGUACCCCUCAGCUAAACUGUCCAGUAGUCUCCGUGUUGUUCUAGUACGAUCACCAUCUCACUAAUGACCCGUAUCCUGUCACAGCUCCUCAAGAAGAAUUAAAGAUCUUACUUCGAAUACUUCCAAAGAAAGUGAAAGUUUGGAGUAAGAAGUCAGGAAAAGGAGUAAAGGAAAGUGUAUCACAAACAUUUGUUUACAAGUUUUCAACAUCUCGUAGAAGAAGAUUGAUUUUGAGAUUUGUAGUGGUGUAAUUAUUCUUUGGUAAAUGAGGUCCUUCCAUAACAGUGCAUUUGACUAGAUAAACAGUUCCCUUUUCUAUAAACAUUUUGUUUGAUCUAUUACAUUGUGUGCUCCACCAGAAUUUCAUUUAAUGUAUUGUAGUUAAAUGUAUUCUACUCACAUAUAUAACUUUUACAUGCAGGCGGUUAACACUACAUAUUAUAGUCUUACAUUGCUUUUGAAUGAUCCUGCCUCGAGCUUUGCUUGAUGGGUUUUCUUCUUUCCUUACUUCAUAUAUUUAGAAAGACUCUGUGGGCGAGCGAAACAACAAUACUUGCGCUAAAAUGAACCUCUUUCUCAACAUUCAUUAUCGUAUGUACAAUGUUCUUGU